AUGGCAUUAGCUGACAAGUCUUGGCUAGAAAGCACAGUAGCUCAUAUACUGCUCAAAUGUCCAACUAAGAGUUUGAUGAGAUUCAAGUGCGUUUCCAAGUCAUGGUCGACUCUGAUACAAUAUCCAAACUCCAUAUCUAAAACCAUUCUCUUCAAUGCCAACAAUAAAAAUAUCUACAGUACCACCUCUCAACUCCUCAUUAGUCGUAUCAAUAAGAGUCCUAACCCUAAUGAUAAGGAGCCUGUUGUGUUUUCUCUCUGCCCUUACCACAAUCUUCGUGAAAUGUCUACAACUGAAUACCUCCCUUUCGUCCACUCACCUGAUCGUGGGUCAACAAGAGUCAACCUUGUAGGCUCAUGUAAUGGAAUUGUGUGUUUACAUGAUCAUUAUGGGGAUAAUUUUAUUCUGUGGAACCCUGCAACUAGCGAGUUAAAAAUCCUCCCACCACCUAGGUUUCAGUAUUUUAACAGCAAGGGGAUAAAAACUUCUGCUGAUGUAAUUCUUUCUGGGUUUGAAUACCUUCAAGAGAGAAAAAACUACAAGGUGAUAAAACUCAUGAAAAUUUCUGAAUUUAUCAUGGCAACUUCUGUAGGAGAUCAUUGUAUAGAAAUCUACAGCCUAGAAGAAGAUUCGUGGAAGAGAAUCCAUGUUCAAGGAAUGGGUGUAGUUGAUGUUUUUAGAAACUCAAGCACGGUGGUGAAAGGAACCUUAUCUUGGUUUACUGUAAAUCAUACUAAUGAUGAAGAAAGAAUCGUUACAUUUGAUAUGGGUAAGGAGGUUUUUUCGAAGACUAGGCUGCCUGAUAAUAUCAAUAGGUUUUCUUGGUUCAUUUGGUUCUAUCCAUUGGGUGACUGUUUAACAGUUUGUGUUAGUCAAGGGGAUAGUCGGAGGGUGAACAACAGGUGGUGGAUUGACGUGUGGGUUUUGCUUGAAAUUGGUGUGGAAGAGUCUUGGAGUAGAUUAUAUAGAAUUGAUCCAGUUCCUGGGUUAUAUUGGUGUUGGUAUCCACUGGGAUUUUGGAAGAAUGGCAAGGUGUUUCUUGAUAAUGGCAAGGGACAGGUAGUCUUAUAUGACAUGGACACCAAAGAAAUCACUGAUCUCCGAAUCCAAGGAGUAUAUAGAACCAUACAGAUUGUUACUUACAAAGAGAGCAAGGUUAGGCUUGUCAAAGACAUUUUGGAUUAA